CAUGCAUGCACGCCCAGACAUUAUCGUGAUGGUGUGCAGGAGAGGCAGGGCUCUGGUUUCAUUGAGGCUGGAGGCAGCUGUUAGGUUAGAGUCUCGUGGUUUGUAUGCUUUAGCUGCUUGCCACUCCACCUCGGAGAUACCAUCUCUGGACAUGAAGACAUGGAGGUGACGUGGUCAAACCUUUACCGUACACUGACCGUCUGACCGGAUUCACCUCACUUGAACAAGCUGAUUUUGAGGAUUUCAGUGGGACAAUGUCUACAGCAGAAACCAAGAUCGCAGGCUUGUCAUGGGCGAGGGUCUGCAAGGAGUGUGGGCAGCAGCAUGAGGGCCAGGAAAGCCACCUGUACGAGUACCCUGAAGAUGUGGAUGACGAGCUGGUGUGCCACAUCUGUCUGCAGCCCCUCAUCAAACCCAUGGACACCCCCUGUGGACACACUUACUGCUUUGACUGUCUGGGCAGCUUCUUGAAAGAUAAGGAUUUUUGCCCUGUGGACCGGCAAAGGCUGCAGCUUCACCAGUGUCGGCCCUCCACCCUGUUGGUUAAGAACCUGCUGGACAAGCUGGCUGUGAUGUGUCCUUACUAUGCCGAGUGCCAGCAACAGAUGCAACGCUGUGAACUUCAACCUCAUCUCCACAAUAGAUGUCCCCCUUUCAGGAGACUCCGGGAGGAAGCGGAGAAGAGGAAGAGGCCUUCGUGGAAUGAACUGAAGGGGCGUAAAGGCGACGGCGAGCUGUUUGCUGAUGCUAAACAUGCAGAAACGCCGCCACGCAGCGCCACCAGAGACCUGCCCGAUCCUGGACUCAUUAACCCUGCCUAUGAAGAAAAUGAGGAUGACAACACGCCACUUCGCUCUAGCCUAGUGGCCGAGUCCAAUGUGGUAGAGCUCUUCAGAGACGAGGCAGACGAAGACCUGGGCUUGCGCAUCGUGGGGGGCAAAGACACGCCGCUUGGCAACAUCGUCAUCCAGGAGAUCAUACGUGACUCGCAAGCCGCUCGUGACGGUCGACUAGCACCUGGAGACCACAUCUUAGAGGUGAAUGACAUCAGCUUGGCAUCUGUCCUUCACGCUAGGGCCGUCGCCCUGCUGCGCCAGCCUUCCCUCGUCAGGCUCACCGUCAUGCAGGAGAAAGGUUUCAAACCGAGGGAGGCGAGCUCCGAUCAGCACCCCGUUUCGUCCGGCGGCGCCCAUGGCAACAUGGUCUCCGCUCACAAUCCUGGCACGGUACUGCAGGUGACGUUGACCAAGAGUCAACGCUCGGAACCGCUCGGCAUAAAGCUGAUCCGCAAAUCAGAUGAGAGUGGUGUCUUCAUCCUGGAUCUGCUUUCGGGAGGGUUGGCAGCAAAAGAUGGCAAACUGAAGAACAGCGACAAAGUGUUGGCCAUCAAUGGACACGACCUGAGGCACGGUACACCGGAGAGUGCUGCCCAGAUCAUACAGGGCAGCGAGGUGCGUGUCAACUUUGUAGUCUUGAGGCCAGCAGAGACUCUAGAUGAAGGCGGACCACAAGGCCGAGCGACCAGGAGGGUGCCUGAGCCGCAAUACUUUAGACGAUGCUCCACCUACAUGAAGGAUCCUCCUGGUGGGUUUUCCAGCCAGGAGAAGACUGUGAGUCUGAAGAAGGAGCCUCGCCUUUCCCUGGGCAUCACCAUUGCCGGUGGGAGAGACUGCCGCAGUCGCCUCCCUGUCUACAUCACCAGUGUGCAGCCCAUCGGAUGCCUGCAUCGAGACGGCACCAUCAAACGAGGUGAUGUUCUGCUGAGCAUCAACGGCGUGGACCUGACGCAGCUGACGUACAGCGAGGCCGUUUCCACGCUGAAGGCGCAGGCUGCUCAGCCCCAGGUGGCGCUGCGGGUCAUCCAGACUAUUUCAGAAGACUCGCAGGAGGACGCCGAGGCCGGCUGUGGCGACAGGUCAGACGGUGCGGAGGACACACGAGAAGACACCUUCAACUGGACUGCGCUGUGGACGCGAUGGCUGGGUUUACCGAGCCACAUGCACUGGUGCCGGGACAUCGUCCUGCAGAAGAGCAACAAUGAGAGCUGGGGCUUCAGCAUCGUCGGCGGCUACGAGGAAAGUCACGGCCAGCAGCCCUUCUUCAUCAAGACCAUUGUGCCUGGCACUCCCGCUCACUUUGACGGCCGCCUCAAGUGCGGUGACGAGAUCGUGGCGGUGAACGGAGCCACGACGGUGGGAAUGAACAACUCGUCGCUCAUCCCCAUGCUCAAACUACAGAAGGAUAAAGUGACGCUCACGGUGGUGUGUUGGCCCGGGAGUCUGGUCUAGCCACGCACACGCUGUCAUGAGACUCAAUAGCUAGGAAGCAUCCUGCACACGCAGCAGGUAACUUUCCCACCACGUGCCAGUGUGCUUUCUUAAAAGGCCGGCGCUUGUAUAAAUACUGGGUGUCCCAACAAAAUGCACUCAACUCUUUAAUUGAACAUUAGUCAUAGUUCGUUUCAGGUGUCUAAGUCUGUGUUAAGAUCAAGAAAAUAAGAUAAAAUUUAGGCUACACUCCUCACAAGUUAGGGAUAUUGGGCUUUUAGGUGAAAUUUCAGGAUGAAUCUCAAAUUACCUUUACUGUUGAACUUAAUUAGGUCCUCUCUAACUAAACUUUAGAAUGCACAUGUCCAACUGUUCAGUGUUUCAGUACAUUUUGCACAACUUGCUCUUUGACAUCAAGGAGCUGAAAGGCAAAAUUCACACAAGAUUGUCCACCUCUGUGGCUUUGUGUGCCUCUACCAGUCUCUGUGUUGCAACCUGCUGAUGACACUCAAAGCUAGUAAGAUGCGUCAGACUGGAUGUUCUCAAUAAAAAGUUAUGGUGAAAAGAGAGAGGGUGAAAUUAUUUAUCUGUAAUGGUUAUAGUGCAUUUAAGGUUUGUCCUGUAAUUGCACUUAAAAUAUAAACCAAUAUCCCUUAGUUUUAGAGAGUAGUGUAAUUUCAUGGCAUAAAAGAAAAUGUUUGUGUUAUCCCCAAAGUCUAAUCUACUUGUUCCUGCGUGUUUGCAAAUAUUCAAACUGGUUUUUCACCAUUUUCUAAACACAGCUGGUAACGUGGACCAGCAGAUUCAAUAACAUUACGCAACAUUUAAUUUGAAAUUAGGAGACAUUUUUCUUCAAGUCAACUACUGUUGCUGAUGUUGCAACAUAAACCUUAUCUCUGCGAUAUGCCCAUUAAUAAAUAUAUAUUGACAUGAGGUCCGGGGAACAUGCAGGGAAUUCAGCAUUUUCUGUUCACUGUCACUUUUGUGGCAUUUUCAUUCUUCCUGUAGCACUUUGACAAAUUUUCUUUGUACAGUUUCCAUUAUUUAAAAAAGAAAAAAAAAAAAAAGUCAAAAUCACCCAGAGAGUGAGUACAUUUUUUGGGGGACACCCUAUUUGUAUAUUUGGAAUUUGACCAGCAUGAAAACGUGAUGACAAUCAGUGACAAUGUCCACCAACUGAUUGGACGGACACACACACACAAAGAUUAUCGCGAUGAAGGAUUCAUUUUGGCUGCUCGUGACCAAGUCCGAACGACUCCUGACUGUAAAGACCAAAGUGUCCUUUGUCCACUUUUACUGCACUUUUUCAAAGCCAUCACAGUGAAUGCUUCUUUUAGACUGGGAGGGGAUGCUGGACCCACUAUGGGGGUCUUGACUUUAAAAGUUCUACACUGCAGUGCCCCAUUCAACAACAUACACAUUUGUAUCUUUAUGCUGUCACAAUUGUGUUGUUCUCCUUUGACACUGUAUGUGUCCAAUCCCUUGUAUUUAUUCACAUUUACAGGUGCAUCUCAAUAAAGUGUAAAAUGACAUUUAUUUGAGUUGUUCAAUUCAAAAAGUGAAAUUCACAUUAUGCAGAUCAUUAGUGAAAUUUUUCAAGAUUAUAGCGUUGUAAAAUACGAAGUUUUAUAUAAAAGGAUUUUUAAUACAAACAUAAGGUAGGAAUUGGCCUUCUGAAAAUUAUUUUCCAUGUUUAAUGAUUUUUUUAUAAUAGUGUAUAUCAGUGUCACUUAAUGAACAACUCCAAUAAAUGAACUUUUCUACCAUAUUCUAAAUUGCUGAAAUGCACCUGUAUGUGGCCACUCAUAUUGAUAGGUGGCUCCCUUUCAUGUUAAAUUUGCCCUGAAUGUCCACUAUAUUAAAAUGCCCCCUGAACCACCCA